AUUUACUCACGAAAAAGACUGCAGGCAGUUUGAUCGUACAUCGCUAAAAGGUAUAGAAGAAAAUCGCCACUCUCCGUAAGGGACUACAGUGGAGAGAGCGGUUUAUAACCUUCAACUCGCGCGGCUUUACAGCAGUAGUUGUCUCGCUCGGCCGCCGCUGCUGCUUGACCUGUCAAAAAGCGCCAUCAGCUGCUCCGUCUUCUUGUUACACUUGCACCGGCAACCCUGUAUAUAUAUUUCGCGCAGCCGGCGGAAAGUAUAUAUCUGAAGAAAAAUAGACUCGACAAGCUGCUCUGAUUGGUCGAUACUCAUCAGAAAAUCUGCCAAGAGAAAGUUAGCGCCGGUGUCUGCUCCGCUGCGCUGUGUCUGUCCAUCUGUGCAAUCGUCUGCUGCUGCUGCUACUGCUAGUCUGCUCUCUCUGUCUCUUCUACUGUGUUCGGCAGCCUUCUGCGUCCAGCCUCCAACAUUUCUCUUGUAUUCUCUGUAAGGAAUUCGCUCAGCGUUUCAGUCGUGGCAGUCGCCAUCAAGGUCCUAAAUCAUAGCAGAUAAGAAGCGAACAAAGCCCGAGACGGAGGGGAAUCUCUGUCGAGCGUCACAAUUAUCCGUUUGACACGAGUGACCCGGCAACGAAUCCAAGGACGCGUAACUUCGCUCCCGCUCGAAGUCACGAGCACACGCGUGUGUGCGUGUCUGUGUGCGUGCGUGCGUGCGUGCGUGCGUGCGUGCGUGUGACCUCCGUGUCUCCGCCGUCGCUGCCGCUGCCGCCGCCGCCGCCGCCACGGCACAAGCACAAAAAUAGCCAAGGCCCUCCGAGAUGCGUCGACGUGAUCUGCUGCUGCCCUGCGCGCGAUAAUUCGCCCAGACAUGGCCGAGGACCAGGCUGAUCCCGCGGGUGCAGCUGUCAAAGAGGAGCAGCCGCCAGCAACGGGUACCGCCUCCGCGACGACCAAUGACACCCUGACGAUUGCGGCGGUGGCCGACAACGAGCUGGCAGACGCGCGCCCGAAGGAGAAGUCGACUAGCCAAGAAGAAGACGACGAGGCUUUGAGCAUCAAACUGGAAUUGGACGAGUCGGAGGAGAUCAGCAAGUCGACAGAGGUCAACAAGGACGACAACGAACAGCCGACAAAGCAGCUCGGCGACCAGACGGCACCAAUCAAACAUGACGAGGGAGAUGAUAAAGAGACUGGCGAUAGCAAAAUAGAGGAGGUUGAGCGGAAGAAGCUGGUCAAAGUUGACGUAGACGCUGGCACGUCGCAAGAAACUGACGACAAGCAAGAUGCUCGGCAGAAAGCGGAGAGGAAGAGCGACGAGGAUACGUCGGAGAAACAAGCCGAGCAAGCCUUACCUCCGGAAAAGAUAACGGCGGAACCCGAACAGCCGGCCAACAAAAUCGAGGAACUGGCGCCCGUCGUUAUUAAAUCCGAGGUCGCCGAGAAGGAAAAGCCGAGACCGAAGGAGGAAAACGCAGAGGUCGUGGGGAUCGUGGGUCCGCCAACGGCAGCUUACGAGUUAUUGAGCGAGGCCGAGCUGGGACCUACUUUACCAUCCGUAGCGCCUAAGUUGGCCGAUCGAGUUUCGCGAUGGGUCGAGAACACUGCCGCCAAGGUUGAUGAACCGGAUGACAUUGAAGAAGAGGCCGAGGACGACAACGAAGACGAGGAGGAGGAGGAGGAGGAGGAGGGAGAGGAGGAGGAGGAAGAGGAAGCCGUAGACGAGGCGAAAAAAACCAGAGGUCGAAAGAGGCGACACAGUGGCAACGGUACCAACGAGCCGCCAGUCGCCAGGAAAGCUCAGAAGGUCGUCAGCAACAUCAUACGGCGCAGCAUUCGAUGCCUAAACAAAAUGCACGCUAUGGACGGCAGCGCAGUUGGUAAGAAUUCGUCCGGUGAGAAAGGCCGCGGAGCCGAGGACGACGAGGAGUCGCGGAAAUCACCGAAAGUACCGCAAAGCCAACAAAACGGAGCUGCUCUACCCGAGGAGGCGGCCUCCGCCGAUCGUAAUCUCAUUCACUGCCAACCUCCCGCUGUCCUCGGUAGAAAGGACAAGAAGGACAUCGAUUCCAACGACCACGACUCACAGUCUGCAAUCUCCAAAGCUUCGAAGCAGCAGACAGAGCAAACGACGCCGAGCAAAGCAGGUCGGCCAAGUAAUCAGCGCGGCAGUGGGACCACCACCAGCAGCGGCAGCGCCAGCAGCACAAUCAAACAAACCCAGCAGCAGCCGGAAGAUUUGCGUGAUCCGCAGAGUCUUCGUGAAACGAGGAAGCGUCGAGCGAUCGAUUCCCAAGGCGCCAGCUCCGCCGCGGCAGCAGCGAAUGGCAGCUCGUCGCCCAAGAAAUUGUGCCUCGACCAACGAGAGCAGUUCAUCAACAGUCUCAUGGGCAUUUCGGACAAAUUCACCGUCGAUCAACUGUCCGCGAGAGCCGAACAAUUGCGCGUCGAGGUGCAAGACUUGGACGAGCUUGCGCGCGCCAAAGAGAUGGAAUGGAAUGAGAUUCUCAGCAUGCGCAAGCUCAAGGAGGAGGCUUAUUUGCGGCUGGAACGUCGACGGCAAAUUUUGGGCUUCAUGGAGGGUAACGGCUCCGAGGGCAUUCUGCCGCAAGCGAGUCUUGCACUUCUCCAGCAGAAUUUCGAUCACAGAGGAUUGCUGAUACCCAAGGAGGAGUCGAAACGCGACAGGGCUUCCAAAGCCGCUACGUCGAUAUAUCAACAAGCGGCUAAACUCGAGAACGGACCUAGGAUCGACCCGCAGAGCUUGGAAAAUCGUCAAAUCGGCGAAGGUAGACAGGGACCUAUCGUCGAUGUCAGAUCGAUCAUUGCCGACUACAGAUUGAGGCAUCCAGAGACUGUUCCUAGGCGUAGAGGUCGUCGAAUGAGAAACUCGGUGAACGUGGGCCUUGGAGCCGGUGGUGCCAUGGUCGAGACCGUUGGCAAUAUGGAUUCCAGACCCUCGAGUACCGACUCGUGCAAGAGCAAUCCUAAUAUAAACGACCCUAACAAUACCAUGAGCUUCAAGGACGUUCUCGUGCAAUUCGCUAAAUUGAGUCAGCAGCAAGGUGAACCGAUAAAAACGCCUCAAAAUUAUCCAGACGUAACGCUGCAUCCGGUUGCAGCGACGCCUAUAACGCAAAAUUCCACGUCGCAGCAGCAACAACAGCAACAGCAGCAGCAGCAACAGCAGCAGCAGCAACAACAACAACAGCAACAACCGUCGGGUUCAUUACUUCACGGUAUCCUCACAAAAUCUCAGUCGCCAAGGCCGACGACAUUUUCGCCGACGCUUGCCAGGUUACUUACUGCACCCGAGAGAGAAAGAGGCGCACCCGCUAUCACGCCGACAUCGCACCAGACUGCCACACAGCAUUUGUUGCAAGCCUAUCAGGGUGCAAACCCUGUUUCCAUUAGUGAUUUCUUGUCUUCGUCAAAGGCUCGCACGGAAAUCACAAUAACUCCAGUUGUUAAUAAUCCUAUCCAAACUCACUCCAAUAAUGCAAUCCACGUUGAUGACGUAGAGGAAGAGACUUCAAUAAUUGAAGAAAGAGACUCGAGACUUUCCAUAAAUACUAGAGAUAACAGAGACGACAGAGAUAGCCCACCACGUUGCCAAGGCUGUCAUGAACGUGCAGCACAGUUUGUUUGCGCUGGUUGUGGAAAUCAGUGGUAUUGUAGUCGCGAAUGUCAGGUUGCAGCUUGGGAUGACCAUUCAGAUGCUUGUUCGCCAUAGAGAAAGGCUAAUGAUGAUAAUAAUAAUAAGCCCAAUAUGAAGUUGCAAGUGAAUCUAGUCAAGAGAAAGAAAUUGAGAAGGAGGAUACAGGUUUGGAAGUGAAAUAGAAGAAGGACGUAAUUGUUGGGCGUGGUACAUAUAUUUUUGUGGAUUGUAUCGUGCGUGUGAUUAAACUAGCUCGUCAUAUUGCGAAGGACCAUAUUUAUGUCGAGUGAAGUUAAACUUCUAAGCACGUUUUACCCCGUAACAUUAGAAAUUUUUUCGUGAGCGUUCGUUAAAUGUGUAUUGAUUUUUUUUUUUUUUCGUUUUAUUCGCAUUAUCAACCGAUGUGAUCAGUUUUAUAUUUCGAAAAUCUAAGUAGCUUCUUAAGCCAAAAAAGCAAAAUAACGUUUUUAGUUUAUAUUUCAUAAUAUGUAUAAACUUUAUGGUAUUUAGAAAACAUUAAAUCGCAAGGGAACGAUUUACAAAUCGCAGAACCAUAGUUUAAUGUUGUAAAUAAUUUUAUAUAAGAUUACUGAUUUCCGCGUUCAGUUUAUGAAAUUUCUGAGCGUUGGUAAACAAAGUGCCAUGUGUAAGAUUCGCUUUUCUUUUUCCUUCAAUUAAAUAUCGAAACACAAAGACUUCUAAAAGCUCAAGUGCAAGUAAUUUUUCCUUUACUUUGAUUAUUUUAUUAAAAGGUUAGUGUAUAUUUUUUGACUACAUAACUAAAUUAUGGUGCACAUGAACAAUUUGAUAUUUUUUUUAAGUUCACAAUAAGUUUUCUUUUGAUUCAAUCUGACAUCUUGUAUUUUUUCAAAAGUGUUGAUUUUACAAUGGAAAAUAUUGUUUUCAAUAUAGAAUUUUACUUUGCCAAUCUAAUUUUUAAGUUUCUUAUUAUUGCGUGACAAAACACGCACUCGUACCAAACAGCUAUUUUAUACCAUAUUUGUUACCAACGUAAUAAAUUAGAAAUAUCAAACAUUAGCCUUAGCAUAGCUUUUAAGAACUUUUUGUAAAAUUGUUGAUGAUAUGUUACUGACGUUGAAUAUUCAUUAAAAGCGUCAAAUUAUUUCAUCGACAGUUGCCCCAGACAUAAAUCUGUAGUCAAAAGUUCCUACAGGUAUACAUAUAUACAUUAUAUAUAUUUUUCCCAUUUAUGAGCAAACCAAAAUAA